GCCUGAGCCUCGCCGCUGCUGCUGCUCUUGGCCCUCCUCCGCCUUGUAUGCCAGACCCACUGCGCACUGCUUCCCCACCACCACCACCGAAGAACGUACAACUUAGGGCCUGCCCAGGCUAAUGGAGAAAGGAGAAGGGGAAACAUGGCGGUUGAGGUCAAGGCGGUGGACGCCCCUCUGCCAGCCCACCGCCAUCGCUGCAGUAGCAACAUCCCAAACGUGUAGUGCCAGGGGCCUUCCGAGAGGCUGCUGUGACCUUCGCUGGAAAUGUGGAGGCAUCGCCGGAAACAACCCAGAGGCAGCUUGGUGGGGAGUUCAAGCGGGGAAAUGAGGGGGUCUCCAGCGUGCUGGGUAAGGGCUCACCCCCCGCCGUGAAUUGUCGUUUCAAGGUGAGAACAUCACCAACGCGCAUGAAAUGCAACCCAAUGCCGUAACGUGGGGCAUCUUCCCCGGCAGAGAGAUCAUUCAGCCGACGGUUGUAGACCCGGUUAGCUUCAUGUACUGGAAGGAUGAGGCCUUUGCCCUGUGGAUUGAGCAGUGGGCCAAGCUGUAUGAAGAGGAGUCCCCCUCUCGCAUGAUCCUCCAGUACAUGCACGACAACUAUUACCUGGUCAACUUGGUGGACAACGACUUCCCCCUGGACAGCUGCCUCUGGCAGGUCUUGGAAGACAUGAACACACUCUUGAACUGUCCGGCAGAACCUUGAAAGUUGAGAAAAGGCACGCAGCCUCCCAGAUUUGGCUGGCAGCAUAGUCAAAAACCUUAGGGAUGCGAGGUUGGAACUACAGUGGCCCAGACACUCCUCUAGGGGGCGCCGUUGGCUGAAUUUCCCCCCAUUGCCUUCAGAG